AUAUCUGCUGUGCAUAAAUGUGGAGGGAAAGGCGGAGACCAUUCUUCGCAAGUUGCAAUUACUAACCAGUUUCUUGACAAGGAUUUCAUAUUUAUAUAUUCGUUCUUGUUUCCCCACUUUGAACUAAUCCCAUCUCUAAAGUUUCUCUCCUUUCUUUGUCUAGAUUUUCUCGCUCUAGAUUCUUGGCAUUUUUUUAAAAUUCCUUUUCAGAAAGGGCGUUAUUCUCGGUGCUCUUCCCAAUCCAAGAUAAUCCUUUAUCUUCAUCCUCUUUUGAAAUUUCAGGUUAUUGAGCUAAACAAAGCCUAAUUUCAUCCUACAUUCUUUUGUUGAUACAAAAUGUUUGGUCAUAAGAAAUCUCCCUUACAUAGGUUUUCUAAACACAAGUCAGUGGACCAAGUCCCCAGUAAUUUCAAUUCUAAUCCUUUUGAUGAUGAUUCUUUAGUUAACAACCAAACCCUUGAACCCUCUAGGCGAACUUCCUCAGAUCCUUCUCUAGUUACCCCAAAUUCACGUAUGAAACUUUUUGAUGACGAUGAGAUUAAGGGAACCUCGGCAUAUAAAAACUCCAUUACGUCAGCAGAAAGAAACAGAUACAGAAACGAUUUUCACAAUUCCGGAGGAUUUGAGGCCCAGAGUGUACAGGAACUGGAAAACUAUUCCGUAUAUAAGGCUGAAGAGACUACAAAGACUGUCGACAAUUGUCUCAAGAUUGCAGAGGACAUAAGGGGAGAUGCUACUAAAACUUUAGUUACCUUGCAUCAGCAGGGGGAGCAAAUUACGAGAACCCACAUGGUCGCUGCUGACAUGGAACAUGAUCUUAGUAGGGGGGAGAAGCUGCUGGGAAGUCUUGGGGGCAUAUUCUCAAAAACGUGGAAGCCAAAGAAGGGUCGUUCAAUAACAGGGCCUGUAAUCAUUCGAGAUGAUCCAGUGCAUAGAAAGGGUAACCACUUGGAGCAGAGGGAAAGACUGGGAUUGACUUCUGCCUCAAAGGAACGAACAACACGAACACCACCUCCUGAACCUACGAAUGCAUUGCAGAAAGUUGAGGUCGAAAAGGUAAAACAAGAUGAUGCCCUCUCAGAUUUAAGUGAUAUUUUGGGAGAGCUGAAGGUUAUGGCUAUCGACAUGGGUUCUGAAAUUGAGUGGCAGAACAAAGCGCUGGAUCCAAUUCAGGACGAUGUGGAGGAACUGGUUUUCCGAGUGAAUGGUGCUAAUCAGCGUGGGCGUCGUUUGCUUGGAAAAUAGAUAACCCAAAUUUUAUAAAUCUGCAGUUUGUCAUUGGCUUAAUGAGGCACUAUUGUCUGCAUUGAUUAUUUUCAUGCGUACAACUUUCUUAUAUUCGCUGUGUACACAUUGCUUGCAUGAUAUCUGGAGUAAAAAAGUGGUACUACAAUUUUCGGAAUAUACUGGAUUUACCUGGCUA